GCGCAGCUGAACUGCGCAUAAGGUUGAUCUGCGCAUGCUCCGCCCUCGAGCUUCCUUUCCACUGGCAGUGAGCAAGAGACACCAUGAAGGCGUCCGGCACACUUAAGGAGUAUAAAGUGGUGGGGCGUCUGCUCCCCUCCCUCAAGAACCCCAACCCCCCCCUGUACCGGAUGAGGAUUUUCGCCCCCAACCACAUCGUGGCCAAGUCUCGGUUCUGGUACUUCGUGUCCCAGCUGAGGAAGAUGAAGAAAGCGUCCGGGGAGAUCGUCUACUGUGGACUGGUCCAUGAGAAAACUCCCCUGAAGGUGAAGAACUUUGGGAUCUGGCUCCGUUACGACUCCCGUAGUGGAACCCACAACAUGUACAGAGAGUACCGGGACCUGACCACGUCUGGAGCCGUUACGCAGUGCUACCGGGACAUGGGUGCCCGCCAUCGCGCCCGCGCUCACUCCAUCCAGAUCAUGAAGGUGCAGGUGAUCGCCGCCAACAAGUGUCGUCGCCCGGCCAUCAAGCAGUUCCACGACUCCAAGAUCAAGUUCCCUCUGCCCCACCGGGUCCUGCGGCGCCAGCACCAGCCCCGCUUCACCACCAAGAGACCCAACACCUUCUUCUAGAAAAGAACUGACAAUAAAGAGUUCUCAUGGA